GGCUUCGGGGGUCCCAACGACGCAUUCGGCCGUCGGUAUGACGUUUUGAGGAAGGUUAAUCAGCUGAUUCUGAGCGAUCAAAUGAACCAAAAUAAUGCGAAUUUAUAUAUCAGAGGACGUUUGAACUCAACUGGCAGCUGAUAAUAUUCUGACUGGAUUUUCUUGGCAUUCUAUAUUCUGAUAGACAUCAUGGACAAGAUUUUGGAGGGCCUCGUCAGCUCUGACCACUCUGUUCCAGUCAAGAAGGCCAUAGUGAAGAAGGUUGUGGAGGCGGCAGAGAACGAGGCGACCGAGGAGCAGUGUCGAGCGCUGUUCACGCUCACCACUCGUCUCAUCUUGCUUGGUGAAGAUGCCUUCCAGAAGCAGAUCGGCGUCCAGGUCCUGGACGCUUACGCACGCUACCACCGGCCAGAGUUUGAGCUUUUCUUCAAUAAAGACUUUGUCCUCAGUUUGCUCCAGCAAGGCUAUGGGCAGCUGGACCACAGAGACCCAUUUAUAAUAGACUACAUCCACUGCUGCCUGCGGCUGCUCAUCAGCUGCCCCUCUGUACUGGAGACCUUCAGCGUCAUCCAGGUGGAGUUUCUGAGGAUGGUGUGUGAACGUCCCGAGCCUGCUCUCUGUGCCCGCCUCAGCACGUUGCUGCUGGACUUUAUGCAGUGCACCCCCAGGGGUAAGUCAGGGGUUUUGUUUUGCCAGCAGCUGGUAAGGACCAUCAGUUGCUUCCAGUGCUUUGCCAGUCAGGAGCAAGAGCUGAGAGAGUAUGUAGGGCAGGUGAUGAAGGUUAGCACUCUGCUGCAGAACAUCUGGAAGGCAGAACCGGCCACGCUGCUGCCGUCGCUGCAGGAAGUCUUCGCCAUCAUCUCCUCCACAGACCCAUCUUUUGACCCGUCCAUCGCACUAGCCAGUCUGGUCCAGCACAUCCCCAUCCAGAUGAUCACAGUCCUCAUCAAGAGUCUCACCACAGACCAGAACGUCAGAGAUGCAAGCAUGACUAAAGCACUCUGCAGGAUGAUUGACUGGCUUUCUUGGCCUUUGGCCCAACACGUCGACACCUGGGUCGUUGCUCUGCUGAAAGGACUGGCUGCUGUUCAGAAGUUCACUAUCCUUAUAGAUGUCACUCUGCUUAAGAUUGAACUGGUUUUCAAUCGCCUGUGGUACCCUAUCGUGCGGCAGGGGGCGCUAGCUGUACUUUCCCACAUGCUGCUGAGUUUCCAGCACUCUCCCGAGGCCUUCCAUUUGGUUGUCCCACGUGUAGUAAAUCUGGUCGAGUCUCUCAGGACUGAUGGUCUCCCCACCAGUAAAGCUUUUCUGCUGCAGUUUACUGAGCUCAUGCACUGCAUGAUGUAUCAGUACUCUGGCUUCCCUGACCUCUAUGACCACAUAUUAGAGGCCAUCAAGGAUCUCCCAAAACCUUCAGAAGAGAAAAUCAAGUUGGUCUUAAAUCAAAGUGCCUGGACAUCUCAGUCCAACUCCUUUGCUUCCAGUCUGUCAAAGCAAGCUGGGAAGUCUGAGACGGGCAAAACGGGCCUGAUCAACCUGGGCAACACGUGCUACAUGAACAGCAUCAUCCAGACUCUCUUCAUGGCCACAGAUUUUAGGAGGCACGUUUUAUCGUUGCACCUCAACAGCUCCAACACCCUAAUGAAAAAGAUUCAGCUCCUCUUUGCUUUCCUAGCACACACACAGAGGGUAGCAUAUGCUCCCAGAAACUUCUUGGAAGCAUCUCGGCCUCCCUGGUUCAACGUGAGCUCGCAGCAGGAUUGUUCUGAGUAUCUCAGAUUUCUUUUGGACAGGUUACAUGAAGAGGAGAAAACGCUCCAGGUUCUGGAAUCAUCCAAGCCAAAGGUUCCCUCGCUGGUUGGCUGCAGCAGCAAAGAAACCUCCUCUGAGGAACGGCAGGAGUCACGUUUGAUUGAAACAGAAACCAAACCUGCCGAUGAUCAAAGGACUUUAAUUGAAAAGAUGUUUGGGGGGAAAUUGAUCACAGGCAUUCGCUGCAUGCAGUGCAACUGCAUCUCUGAGAAAGAAGAGCCUUUCACUGACCUUUCUUUGGCUUUUUGUCCUGCUGCCUCCUCUCAGAAGAGCCCUAAAUUCCAGGGCCCGUCGGAGGAGCCCAAGCUUCUCUGUCAGGGAGCCGUGAACGGGGGCAGUGAAGCUCCAGAGCCGGGCUCAGCUAGCAGCCUAGCCAGUAAUUUUCAUUAUGAGCCAGAUACAAAUGAGCCUCCCCUGUCUGUGCCUGACUUGGUGAAUUAUUUUCUGGCUCCUGAGAUCCUCGAUGAAGACAACGCUUACUUCUGUGAGAAGUGUGCCUCCCUCCAAAGGGCAGAGAGAACUCUCAAACUGGUUUCCGCACCUGAGUACCUAAUCCUCACACUUUUACGAUUCUCUUACGAUGCCAAAUGCCAUACACGUAGGAAGAUCCUAGACAACGUCACCAUCCCACCUGCUUUGAGACUUCCUGUUCACGUCCCUACACCACCUGCUCAGUGGUCCUCCGCUUCCUCCUCUCCCGUGCAAGUCGAUUCUCCUGAAAGCAGCGAGAACCUGGCCAAGAAACUCAAACCCUCACAAGGAGACGAGAAGGAAGACGGGACGCAGAGGAUAGAUGAAGUACAGGAGGUAAAUAGAGUGGGAGACACUCCUGUUCAUUCAGUACCCUACAUGCUCAGCUCAGUGGUGGUGCAUUCUGGUGUGUCAUCAGAGAGCGGCCACUACUACUCGUACGGUCGGAACAUCAGCGGCGCAGACCCAGCCAAUCCCUCACCUGACGGAGAGGAUGUGGAGAAAGGCGCGGCCGCUCGUAGCCUCUGCACACCUGAGCUGAGUGACGGCAGACAGGAGGAGAAUGAGUGGCUGCUGUUCAACGACAGCAGGGUGACGUUCACGUCUUUACAGUCAGCGCAAAACAUCACCAAGCGCUUCCCGAAGGACACGGCAUACGUGUUAAUGUACAGGAAACAGGAGGUGCCAGGGGAGCACUCGAAUGGAGGAGUAAAGGCGAGCGGGAUGAGUCUGAGUGUAGAGCCACCCCUUCAAAAAGAGCUACUGGACGCAAUAAUAAAAGACAACAAGCUGUAUUUACAGGAGCAGGAACUUAACGCUCGCACCCAAGCCCUCCAGGCCUCUUCGUCUUCGUGCUCGUUCAGACCCAACGGUUCUGAUGACAACAACCCACCCGGAAGCUGUGGCCCCUCUGGUGGGGGAGGAGGGGGAGGCGGGUUCAACACUAUCAGCAGACUGGUCUUCUGAAAGGAGCAAACUAAAUAAAAAUGCUGCAGUAAAACCC